GUGCUCAAGCGCAGCCAAGUUCACACAAAUUUGACUUUUCCAGAAAUUUCGCUCACAGCCCAUGCUAGCCAUUUUCUUCAUUUGUAACAUCGAAAAUACAGUGUAAUCCUCCUCUAUUAUGUCGCUUUCGAACUUUAAUCUGCAGGCCAAGGUCCUGCUGCACCCUCUGGUGCUGUUCCAGAUUAUCGAUGCCUACGAGCGUCGCGCCAAAGACGUCCCAGAGGUGCUGGGAACUUUGUUGGGCCCCGUCGCGGGCAAAACAGGCCGCAUAGAGAUCACCAAUUGCUUCAGCGUGGUGCACCGCAUGCACGGGGACAACAACUGCCACAUCGACCUAGAUCUGAAGUACGACAACGAUAUGCUGGAGCUGGCGCAGAUCGCCUAUCCGCAGGAGAAGGUUGUGGGCUGGUUCAGCACCGGCAAAGCCGUCUCGGCCGCAGCAGUGGAGCUGCACGAAUACUACGCGCGUCAGUGCCACAGCGGGCAGCCGCUGCAUCUGCUGAUGGACACCUCGCUGCGGGGCCAGCGCAUGAACACGCGCAUCUUCUGUCCCGUAGCGACGGGCGUGCCCGGGGCACCAAGGGCCUGAUGUUCUCGCUGCUGCCGAUGGAUAUCUACUUCGGAUCGCCGGAUAUUGUGGCCAUGCGCCACAUGGGGAGGCAGUGCGCACAGCCGCCCAAGG